AUGAAGAUAAACAUUAUCUCUUGGAAUGUAAGAGGGUUGAAUAAGAGGGAUAAGCGCUUGAGGGUGAGUAAUUUACUUAGGGAUUGGAAUGCAGAUGUUGUGUGUCUGCAAGAAACCAAGAUUCAAGAUAUGUCUAGAAGCAUUGUUCGCAGUUUAUGGAGGCGGAAUCAUGUGGAUUGGUGCUGUUUGGAUUCUAAUGGGGCCUCGGGAGGUAUUUUAAUCAUGUGGGAUACAAGGGUGGUGGAGAAGAUUGACGUCUGUAUAGGGGAUUUCACCCUGGCCUUGUCUUUCAGGAAUGUGGCAAAUCUCUCUGUGUGGGCUUUUGCAGGGGUGUAUGGCCCGAAUAUUGAUAGGGAUAGAGGGCUCCUUUGGGAUGAGUUGGCUGGCAUUAUUAGUUGGUGGAAUUUGCCAUGGUGUAUUGGGGGAGAUUUCAAUGUUACACGUUUCCCUAGUGAAAGAUCGGGUGGAGCUCGUCUGGAUUCUGCUAUGAUGGGUUUCUCAGAUUUUAUUUCUGAACAAGGGCUUAUGGACCUUCCCCUUGUAGGGGGUGUUUGUACUUGGUCGGUCUCUCAAGACCCUCCGCUAUGGUCUAGGAUUGAUCGGUUUCUUGUUUCUCCAGAGUUGGAAGCCUGGUUUCCAGGGGUGAGGCAGAAAAGGCUCCCACGUCUUUGCUCGGAUCAUUUCCCAAUUAUGCUUGAGUUAGGGGAGAUUUCCCAGGGGAAAAGGCCAUUCAGGUUUGAGAAUAUGUGGCUUAAAGAGGAAGGGUUUGUUGCCUUAGUGAAACAAUGGUGGGACUCCUACGAGUUCCAAG